AUGCAGAUUGUACAUGAGGAACUGGGUGACCAGGAAGUGUUCCGAUUGUUCUAUAAAGACUUUCUCCGUCGCGGCUCAGACGCUGUGGUCGUCGGCGGGUACGCGCCAGCCGCUAUUGUUACCAACCAAGCGGUUGUCGCAGCACCGGCGGCGGCAGUUGUCGCUGGCCCAGCCAUCUCUAGCGGCGCGGCCUUAAAUAACGCUGCGGCCGUAGGGGCGGCCCAAUUAAGCGCCAUCCAGAACGCGCAGGCGGUACAAGCUGCUCAAAUUGCGAAUGCUGCCGCGGCCGCAAUCCAAGGAGCACGCGUUGUCGAGGCCGAAGCACGCGCCAGACAGGCGAACGCGAUUCAAAACGCCCAGGCUUUGGACGCCGCGCGCGUUUCCUAUCUACAGAGGGCACAGGCCGCUGCCCUGGAGAACGCUAGGGCCAACGAAGCAGCUAGGAGGGCAGCAGCUGCCAGCGCUUUGGAGUUAGCUCGCGCCGCUGAAGCGGAACGAGCAGCCAACGCGGCCCGCGUCCAAGCUGUAGCUUACGCUAACACCAGAGCUAUUGAAGCCUCCCGUAUUGCAAACGCUGCAAGAGCCCAAUCCGCCGCAGUCGCCACCAGCGCCGCUCAGACGCAGGCCGUCGCUGAUGCAGUAGCAAGGAAUAACCAAGAGGGCCUUCUUGUUGGUGGUGCACCCAGUGUGGUAGCUGUGGGACCAGCUGCGGCCGGAGUCGAAGUUGGCCAUGUGGCCGAAGGACUUAGCUACGGAACAUCGUGGGGCCAUGGCGGUGGCGCACUCAUUAGCAAACAC